AUACAAGUCCUGAGUCCACUUGUCUGAGACGUCUCUGAUCUGAACUGCACACCUCGGUCAACAUGAAAACCUCUAUCGGGACCAUUCUGCUCCUCAUUUGCCUGUCAAGCCUCUCACAGUGUGUUGUGGUCAAGAUUGGAGAGUAUGAGUUCCCACUGGAAGCUGUCAAAAACCUGACGGACCUAAUUAACCAAGCAAAAAAUGAACAGUUCUUCCGUGACAACACCAAUACAGUGUGCAAAAUGCCUGCCCUCCCAGGUAUAUUCAAGCCAAUCUGUACCAAGACUGAUGCUGAUGAAAUCUUUAACUUACUAGGACGGAUUGGGGUAAAAUCAGACGUUUGUGAAAUCUGUGCAUUUGCAGCGUGUACUGGCUGCUAAUGGCGAAAUCUGUGGUGGCAAACGUGUGGAAUGGAGCGGGACAGUAAUGCACUUUCUUUCAGAGGCUAAACAAACCAGUGGAAUAAAUAAUUAAAUCUACCUUCCUCUUAAUGUUUGGACUCUUCUGCAAGUUUUUAUUUUGAUAAGUAGAGGAAAGCGGUUGAUGUUUGCAGGACUAUUUUCUAAUGAUCCGACUUGAUCACUGCCUUUGUAUCACUCGCUAAACACUUUCUGUCACUGCUUCUUUUGUGUUCCUGGCCACCUUAUCUAAACCCAGCAAUGAAUGACGACGAGUGUUCUUUAGGGGCCAUGGCUCAAGGGGGUGUAUGUCCUUGACAUUGGAGGGGUGGGGAGUCUUGCUGUAAAGCAUUAACGUUCCCUCACCCAGCACCUCCCUGCAAUUUACUGUGGAUCCUUUCUCAUGUUCUAUUCCUGUUUGAAGCUUAACCAAAUCAAGAUGAGAAUUGUCAAAACGCAAAAUACUGAGAAUUGUCUUUGACAUAAACCAUGGAGCUGAGCAUAAAUAAUAUUGCUCUUAUUAAAGAAUUUAUUUCUUCGGUAUUAAUAUUUAUGUAUGUGCUUUUGUGAUGUUUUAUGUAUUGUUAUAUUUGUCAUUACAUGUGACUUUAAUAAAGGUUAUUCCAAAGC